CUCUCACUCAGAGUCUUUCACACCAACCUUCCUUAUAAACCACCUCUCCAGCUCUCUCCUCCCAGCUUCCUCUCCCCAUCUCUCUCUCUCUCUCUCUCUAACUCAGCAAAACCCACAUCAGUAAGAACACAUUCAUGGACUCUGCAUCCACAAGAAGGCCUUGUUUCAUUGAAGAAGACGAUGGUCUUGCCUCUCUUGCAGACAUGGAAGCUGGGUUCUCUGGAAACCAUCAACAUCCACACCCUUUUGUGUCUAGGCCACUCUAUUACACAUCCUCCUUGCAGAGAAGAGGUAGCAUCAGAAACCUUUCAUCGUUCUCUUCCUCUGUUUCUUCUCCCAGAUCUGGAAGGUUCUAUGAUGCUAAUAGAUUCUAUGAAGAACACCAGCCCCAUUUCUUGGAGGCUUGUUUUCUUUGCAAGAAGACCCUUGCUAAUAACAAAGACAUCUUCAUGUACAGAGGGGACACUCCAUUCUGUAGUGACGAGUGCAGACAAGAGCAGAUAGAGAUAGAUGAAGCCAAUGAGAAGAAUUGGAAGAUCUCUGCUUCCAUGAAAGCCUUGAGGAUUGAUCAGAAGAAACCCAACAAAUCCUCCUCUCCAAACAAGACCCAAAACUACCCUCUCCGAGCAGGCGCAGUGAUAGCUGCUUAAUCACAUCAUCAGCCAGCCGAGAAAAGAAAAGAAAAUGAAGGAAAAUGUAUCAUGGUUUCUGUGAUUCUGUCCAUUGGAAGAGGAGGGGCCAAUUUGAGAGAAGCACAGGAGAAAGAAGACCCAUUUUGAGGAUUUUUGUUUUUUUUUUUAAUUUUCAUAUAAAUAAAUUGUAAAUCCUUAUAUGAGGCUUUUUGUGGGGUAAGGGAUGCUCUGUAAAUAGUUUUAUUAUUUUUAUUUUAUUUUGGGUAUUCUGCUGAAGUUUUCUUUGUUUCUUGAUUUGGGUAUUCUCAUCAUGGUCAUGAGAAGCUUUAUAUAAUACAAGGAAAUUUCUCCCACCAAA